AUGGCUUAUAGCCUUGCUUUGAAGUUUCCCCCUAAAAGACUUCCUUACACCGAUGCCAUUCAAAGACAAAGCACUUACUUCCAUCAAUUGCAUCCGAAUUACUCUUUCCUCGAUCGUCAAAAGUUCGAGGAUAAGGUGUUCGGACCCAACCUGUCUGAAACUCUGGCAUCUAGCUGUGCUUUCACGGCUCUGUAUCACACAAAUUUGGCUCUAGGAUGCCAGUAUCAUGAAGGCGGGGCCUUUGACCCAGGUAAUGGCAGGGCGUGGAAGCUUUUCCAAGUCUCUUUGGGUCUCGCCUUGAUGAGUCUUCAAGCUUUGGUUGCCAUGUUAAUCUUCGCCAUGACUACUUGCUGUCUCCAAAUCGACGAAGUCUUGAUAAUGGAAGCUGCCCGAAUGGCUCAAAGCCUUGGAUACCAUCGAGCACUAAGCAAUGGGGACCAGCGGUACAAAGACACCUGUCAUAGGACCUUCUGGGUAAUCUACUACAUGGAGAAGGGAAUGUGCUUUCAGAACCACAAGGCUCGGUACAUGAUUCCCGACCAUGACAUCGGCUGUCCUGUCCCCGAUGUCCCAGAAUCCGUCUUUGAAAGGCAUAACUGGUUAUUAUCGGCCAUCAGCUUCGGGCGAAUUCUCUCCCUUGCAUAUACUUCCCUCUUUUCAGUGAGUGCUGCAAUCCAACCUCCAGAGUCGUAUUAUGCUGCGAUCCAGAAUAUUGAAGCUCGGUUGGAGCGAUGGCGAUCCGCACUACCAGCGCACUAUCAUCCUGGUAGGCUGUCUCAGUCCCAUAAGCCGCACGUGGUCCCCUGUUCUUCAUCUUCUUUCCCUAAAUCGAGUUUUAAGACGGUUGUACUCCAAAGCAAGUUCUCGUACUAUGGUUUGAUCAUCACUCUGGCAAGACUUAAGAUUUAUAUAGCAAGAGCCGUUGUGGAGGAAAGCGAGAAUAUCGACAUAGCUGCCUAUACGCCGAUCUUCAUUCUGGCCAUUUUACCACUUGGAGCAUUAUUCAUUCUGAUUGACUUUGUCAUCCACAACCCGAUGCAUCCGGAAACCCUCAACAAUCUCUCACUGUUGGAUGUCGCAGCUGGGCAUUUUAGUCUACUGGAGUACAAGUCUGGGGAUUUUGUGCCCGCGUCGCUUCUGACCGAAUUCGCUCACAUCGCAAGGCAGUAUAUCAGGCAUUAUGGCAGAAACCAACCACAGCACCAGCAACAAGAAGAGGCAGAGAUGCAGGAAAGGGAAGAUGUGGAAAAAGGUGCAGAACCGUGCGGAAUGGGCUCGUCUAACGUUGAAUUUACAUUAGCUUUCGAGGUAAGUCUUGAGUAUCGGGGUUUUUAUUUUAGUUUCUUUUCUAAUCUUAGCUAG